UUUUGGAGCGGAGGAACUGAGAAGACAUUUAAAAUAAAUAUAAAGGAAAAAAGAAAAGAAAAAAAGGAAGAAGAUGAAGAGCAGCAGAGGAGGAAGCUGAUCUUCAGAGUCUCUAAGCACCGGAAGGAAAAACCAGAGUGGGAGACUCUAAUGGAACCUCCUUCAGCUCAGCUUCCUAUUUUCUACCUCUUGCUUUUAGUCUCAAUUUCAUCACCCAUUUUCAUACAAAAUUCUCUAGCUGAUGGUGUCACUCCUCACGAAGCCAAACAACUCAGAGAUGAGGUACGUGAAAUGUUUUAUCACGCCUUCAAUGGAUAUAUGAAGCAUGCUUUUCCCCUCGAUGAAUUAAGACCUUUAUCGUGUGAAGGAGAAGACUCACUUGGUGGUUAUGCCCUGACUUUGAUCGAUUCAUUGGACACACUGGCUUUGCUUGGUGAUCGGGAACAAUUUGCUACAUCUGUUGAAUGGAUUGGUAAAAAUCUUCGGUUCGAUAUAAAUAAAACAGUAUCUGUCUUUGAGACGACCAUUCGAGUUCUUGGAGGUUUACUUUCAGCUCAUCUCAUUGCAAGCGACCACACAACGGGCAUGAAAAUUGCUUCAUAUGAGAAUCAAUUGCUUAACUUAGCGGAGGAUUUGGCUCGAAGAUUACUGCCUGCAUUUGACACUCCUACAGGAAUUCCAUUUGGAUCAGUUAACCUAUUGUAUGGAGUUGAUGAACAUGAAAGCAAGAUAACAUCAACAGCUGGUGGUGGGACCUUGACUUUGGAAUUUGGAGUUCUUAGUCGUUUGACAGAUGAUCCAAUUUUUGAACAAGUAACAAAGAAUGCAGUCCGUGGACUAUGGGCACGCCGUUCAAAGCUUAAUUUAGUUGGUGCACAUAUUAAUGUUUUUACAGGUGAAUGGACACAAAAGGAUGCAGGUGUAGGUACGAGCAUUGAUUCUUUCUAUGAGUAUUUAUUGAAGGCUUACCUUCUGUUUGGAGACGAAGAGUACCUAUUCAUAUUUCAAGAAGCUUACGGAGCUGCAAUGCAUUAUCUAUUCAAUGACCCUUGGUAUGUUGAGGUAAAUAUGGACUCAGCAGCACUCGUCUGGCCGUUAUUCAACAGUUUGCAGGCAUUCUGGCCAGGGCUUCAGGUUCUGGCAGGGGAUAUUGACCCUGCAAUUCGAACACAUGCUGCAUUUUUUAGUGUCUGGAAAAGAUAUGGAUUUACACCUGAGGGUUUCAAUCUUGCUUCGCUCAGUGUUCAGCAUGGGCAGAAAAGUUAUCCACUGCGUCCAGAAUUAAUAGAGAGCACUUAUUGGCUCUAUAAAGCCACCAGAAAUCCCAGAUACCUUGAUGCCGGACGGGACGUGGUUGCUAGUUUGCAAUAUGGAGCCCGAUGCCCAUGUGGAUAUUGUCAUAUAUCAGAUGUUGAGAUUCACAAGCAAGAAGACCACAUGGAAAGCUUCUUCCUUGCUGAAACGGUUAAAUACUUGUGGCUUCUUUUUGACUUGGCUGCGGGUCCUGACAACCUUGUGGAAAAUGGUCCAUACAAGUAUGUUUUUAGCACAGAAGGCCACUUAUUGCCUGCAACCCCUCAAAUAUCCCUAGUUAGGGAACAUUGUUCAUAUCUUGGGGCUUUUUGUAAAAGUAGUGUGGACCCUGAAUCUGGUAAGACAAAUAAUGCUACUGAUGUCGAAGAAGCCAAUGUUAGUACAUUCUCUGAGGGAACAAGUUCAAUAGAAAUUUCAUCAAGCUCUGAUUUUUCUGAGUUGACAUCAACAACCGUGCUGAUCAGGGGGGUCUGUCCAGGACUGACUCACGGGCAGAAGUUUGGUAUAACAUAUGUUGGGUCAACGACCACAGAUGACGAGUCUGUUAGCGAAAGAGAAACUAUCGAAAGACAUUCGACAGUGGUUGUAACCAAUUCAAAUUCUGGUCAUUCGACAUCUGACGAAAAAAACCAUGUUAAUUCUCAAGAGCGAAGGGAGGAGAACAUAUCGAAUGAUCCACAUUCCAUUUGAGGAAACCAUUUUUUUGAUAUUCUUUGGAAUGACAUAAGAACUGAUUGCACCUGCCUUCUGCUUCUUGAUGGAUCUCUGUAAAACUUCCCUGGGUUAUAAUUCUUGGAAGCUUGAGGGAUUUUCACCGUUAAUUGAUUUUACAACAUCACACAAGGAUUGAGAGAUAUUCAGUCAUUGUUGUUAGAGUGAAAAGAGAGCCAGUAGUCAAACCCGCACACAUACGAACGAGCUUUCGUUGUUUUACAGAUUAAAGUUUUCGAGUUCGUGCAGAUAAUGCUGAAUGAGGCAUUGACAUUUUAAUCAUUAUGGCCAUUGUAACAUAAAAUUACUGCUUUGUAGUAUAGUUUUUUCUACAGAAGCCAGAUUUUUGUGUUUGAUUAUGGUUGAUUCAGGGAUGGAUAUUUAUUCACAUUGAAGUAAUCAGAUCUAUUUUAUUUCUAUGUUGAC